CCUGUGUCCUUCGCGCCUCACCUUGCUCGUCCUCAUCGCUCUCUCGGGGACGCAGUGCGGCUUGCCUUCAUCCCCUCGCAAGCUGCUCUGCUAGCCCUUCCAUGCCGCCCAAGAAGCGGCACGGCGCUGCUGCUGCUGCUGCCGCGGCCUCGGCGGGCGGCAGCAGCAGCAGCAGCGCCGCAGGCGGCAGCACGCUCAAUCGCAGACAGCCGCGCGCUGGACGCGGCGGCAACGGCGAUCGUGUGACGCGCUCCAGCAAGGCAAAGCUCACCAACGGCCUCGAAGACCCAGCGCAAGUGGAGAAAGAGCUCAACGCCCAGCUGCGCGCCAUGAACCUCUACGCCGCCAACACCAUGGGCGACGGCAACUGUCUCUUCCGUGCUCUGUCCGAUCAGUUCUAUGGCCACCCGGGCUUCCACGCCAUGCUGCGCGACGGCGUGUGCAACUACCUCUCAGACAAGCCCGAGAAGUUUGCGGGCUUUGUAGAUGUCGAGAAGCCGUUUGACGAGUAUGUGCGGUCGAUGCGCCAGAACGGCACGUACGGCGGCCAUCUCGAGCUCUCUGCCUUUGCGCAGCUCUACCAGAAGGAGAUCAAGAUCAUGCAGCCGGGACUGGUGUACAUCGUCUCGCCCGUCGACGACACCGAGGCGCCGAGCACGCGAGCUGAAAGAGAACGGCGCGAGCUAGAGCGCAAGCAGCUGCAGAUGACGCUGCGGCCCGAACAAGAGGCGCCAGGCCCUUCGGCCAGGGAACAACGACGGGCUAUGCGAGAACGCAAGGCGAGCAGGGGAGCUGCUGAUCUGGCUCCGCGCAUCUCAACGACGGGCAGUGCAAGCGCCUCUACUUCGACAGCCGCCGGCGCGAGCAGCUCGCUGCAGCCUGCUGCAGCCGAGGGCUUGGAGAACGCUAGGCCAGAGGCAUGGGGCCCGCUCUACAUUGCCUAUCACAACUGGGAGCACUACAGCUCGAUCCGCAACAUCGACGGCCCGCACUCUGGGCUGCCUCGCAUUCGCGAGCGAGGCGUGGCAUCGAGCGGAGGCGCAUCGAGCGCCGCGGUCGAGGAGGAGACGGAGCCGACCGAGGAAGAGGCAUUGCUCAUCAGUAGCACGGGCAACGAGCUCUCUCUGCCGUUGGCGCGCUUCCUCAUCCGGCAGAACGGCGGAUGGGAACUGGCGCUGCAGGCCUGGCAGGCUAGCCAGUUCGGCGAAGGUCUAGACGUCGACGCUAUCGACGCAGAGGUUCAGGCGGCAGGCGACGCCGAGGUGGUCUACACGGGCGAGCGAGCUUUCCCAUCGUCGCCGUCGUCGCAUCUCGAAGUGGUGAACAAGUGGCGCGGCGUGCGAGGAGGCAGUCCUUCUUCAGAGACGGCAUUCAGCAGUAAUGCCGACGCAGCCAGCGUCGAUGCUUCAACUACAGCGACGACUGCCGUCGGCGAGGAGUCAAGUGCAGAGUCGAUGGGCCUUAAGGUGCAGAGCAUCGCUGCGUCGAGUCUCGCCGAAUUGCACACUGCACCUGGCACACCGCUCUCCUCGAGUCCGGGCCCACGCCCGAAGCGUGCGGCAAGCAAGGCGCCGCUGAGCGACGGCCGCGACGUGAAGCGCCGCAGCCGCAGUCGCAGUCCGACUGUGAAGCCGGAGGAGCACGAGCCUCGCAGCAGCGGCGCAAGCGUGACGAGCUCGGGCACGGGCAGCAGCGCGGGCGCAAAGGCCUCCGAUGCGCUGUCGCGUCUCAGCGUGGCGCCCGGUGCCGACGAGGCCUCCGUGUCAUCCGCAGCGCCCUCGCCGCCGGCGCCGUCGCUUCGUCGUGGCCCGGGUCGCCCUCGCAAGGAUGGCCAGUUGCCCGGCUCGGUACCGCCGCCGCCUGGCGCGCCGCCGAGCGCCAAGCAGCUGCGUCUGGAAGCUGCCUCGAAGCGCAAGCUGCGCACCAACGCCGAACGCAUCCGUCGCGCCGAGGCGCGCGAGCAGGCGAGCCAGGCCAAGCGAGGCAACUCGAAGAAGGACGACGAGGAGAAGAAGGCGAGCGGCCCGAACAUCGUCGAGCUGCACAUCUAGAGCCGUCUUUCUUCACGUCAAAGAGCACGCCACCUCUGGUGCUACUACCUUACGACCAUCACGCGCCUCCCCUCUCCGUCUCCCGUCACGCCGUAUUUAUUGCGCAGGCCCUCCUCCAUCUUGCGAGGGGCCUGUCGCACGUCACUCGUCUCCACGGUGCUCUCGUCUCCCACCUCCUCCACGCGCCCACUCAGCACCUCCGUCAACGCCUCUCUCUGCUCUCCUCCUUCCUCUCUCUCCUCAGCACGUCCCAAGCCACAUGCUCCUGUCUCUUGCCCGCCGCCGCAUCUGUACACCCCAGUCAUUGAGAAGCUUUCGGCCAAGC